AUGUUGAGUUCAGAGCACUUGAGUUGUAAAUACGGAGAGCCGUUUAUUGGAGCGGUCGGACAGUUCUCAUACGAGUGCCGACAAUCAGAUAUCGAUGUCAUGUCUUCGCCCAAUAGCAAGGAGUUUGAGAUAUUGUCGGGAAAGUCGUUCGCAUAUAUCUGUGACUUCUUUGUGGACACUCGUCAGUGCGCUCACAAUCCGCAGAGUUCUGGAUGCGAUGGCAUUGAAAUUGUUUGGAUUCUUCCCGAGGGGUUGACUCAGAUUGAGAAAGACAAAGUAAAUAAAUUAAAGAAUUUUUGA